AUGGUGACGGGGCCUCACCUCACCACCUACACCGCCCUCAAGGAGGCGGAGCAGCGGGCCCUAGAAGCGGAAUACGCCAUUCUUGUAGUCCAAGCAGCGCUCGAGAGGCUCGCCGACGCGCCGCCGCUGCACAUGCUCGCCUCGCUCGCCGGCGCCUUCGCCGGCGUCUGCUGCAACCAGCCGCUCGACGUGGUGCGCAACCGGCUGUACAACCAGCCCAUCGGCCCGGACGGGCAGGGCACGCUCUACGCCGGCGCGGUCGACUGCGCCAAGCAGCUCCUGCGCAGCGAGGGGCCUCUCGGGCUGUACCGCGGCUUCUCGUCGCACUACCUGCGCGUCGGCCCCCACUACGUCCUCACCUUCACCUUCCUCGAGCAGAUCAAGAAGGCGCUCGGCGCAUAG